AUGGCUGCCGCCGCCCAACCUCGGCCGUACAGGCGCAUCCUCACCUCAGCGCUGCAUCGACGAUUUGUCCAUGCCUCCGCGCUUUCGCUCCUCGUGUCCUAUAUUGUCGCAAUUGCAAUAGGCGACAAAACCUCCUUCAUUUGGGCAUGGUUCCCUAUCGGAGCUUGUGGCCUUCGUGCCAUACUCCUUUUUGUCUCAUCACUCUCUAUCUUCGUUCUGCGUGUCGGACAAAUGCACCUCGGCCCAAGAACCACAACAUCCCCGAUCGGCGCUUUUAAACAUCUAUUUCCAGUUCAGGUUGCUCAGACUUUUGGAUGGUAUCUUUUUUCUGCUUGGUGGUUUACUGAGAUCUACCUCUGGUCGUCUUCGAAGGACGCACACCUGGAAAUGGUGAAAUGGGGCAGACCAUAUGAGCGUCCGACUUUGAACGAGAGACCGAUUUACAUCCACACCUACCAUCUGCUCUUAGCUUGUGUUCAAGCUGGAUUCCACCUCUAUUAUGACGAGGAUCAGGUUCCUGUACCUAUUAACACCCGAAACCCGAAGGCAGAUGAUGAGCGUACACACCCAGUGCCACCGACCUCGAAACAUAUUCAGAAUACGCUCCCACAAGUGGUCAUUUCUGGACUUAAGAGAAGCCUGGUUGUUGCCAGCAUUACUCCCAUCCUUUACCGCGGAUUUCUUCGGCAGCGAGCAUGGAGGUGGUCCUUGUAUUUCGCAAAGCUCUUUUGGAAUUUCUCUCGUUCCUCCGCUGAGCCCGAUACUUUUCUUCCUCCCGGAUUUUUCACUCUCCUCGUCCGAUCUGCUUUCUCUGGCUCUCUCCUGAUACUUUGCUGGCAAACAGCUAAUCUCUUCUUUUCUAUCUUCAUUGGAAAGGAACCUUUGAAGCGUGGUCAGCCACUGACAGCCGAGGCAAAAGACCCCAACGGAAGCCUUCUCACUGGUCUGAAAACGAAGAAACAAGUCGUCAAAUCAUUCGCCCUAUGGGAACUUGGUCUUAUUAGCCAGAGUCAUCCAGAGCGUCGAAAGACGAUUUUCAACGAAAUUGACCGGGAUAACGGCUCGACCUGGACUCAAGUUCUGGACAGUUUAACAGAAGUAAUCAAGGGCAUUACGACACGGAUUGACGCAGUCAAAGCUCCAAGACCAGGUGCUAAACCACCAUCGGACUCGGAACCUUCUCAACCUAUUCUUCAGACACUACCGCGAUUGACAGAGCCGCCCAAGAAUGGGAACAUCUUCGCGGCAGCGCCGAAAGCGAGCUCUCACCAGGACAAAUUUGGGGAGGCUUUCAGCUCAACUGCCAAGGCAUAUGGCCAAUCCCCAGAUUGGACUCCCAAAGCACGCGCCCGCGCCCGCGAAGUUUUGGACAUGGCUUCUUCUGCCAUGCUGAGCCCUGAACGAAAACAGAGACUUCUUGCUUCUACAGAGGAGUUUAAGCUCCUUACCGGAGGGCCUUCAACAACUUACAAGCCCGAAGAUGUCAAUCCUCUUAUUGCCAACUUUCUUCGGUCCCCUAUCGGCCAGCCAUUGCGCCAAACAUAUGCCCGGCAGGCGUCGAGUGUCAUCCUCAGCACACCUGACUCGGUCCUGGACCCUAUUGUGGACGCGGUUGACUCAUUGACACGCCUCUUAAUUGCCAGUCUUGCGGAAGACCAGUAUGGAAAAGUCCAGGCUGAUGUUCCGGCCGUGGUCCGUCUAUUCACUCAAACGAUUAUUUCUUUGGAUGCUGUUGUGCACCAAGGUGGCCUGGACGCUCACUGGACAGAUGUCAACUUCCCUCCCUCAUCUGAUCCGAAGGCACAAGCGGAAGCUCGUAAAGUACCAGCCGUGGAACUGGUGCUGGACACUCUGAAGAGCGGCCUAGGUGAUUUAUUGAUAGCCUUCAAGCCAUACUUUAGAGAUAUCGGCCUUGUCGGCAAGGAUCUUCGGCUAGCAAAACAAGCAGCAGGCCUUGAUGAGGAGGAUGUCUCUUUAUGA